UUGUGUUCACCCCCGCAGCCUCAGCCUCGACCAGCCCACAAACUCCUUUUCACACGCUCCGAAAACCCUCCGUUCUCGGCGAGGGAGGGAACAGCCGAGUGCCAGGGGCCGAGGCGAAGUCCAAGCGCUUUGCCCGGCGAGAACGACACCAUGAGGCGAAGGCGAGACUCCGCGCUCAACACCUUCCUCGUCCUGGCUUUCGCUCUCCCCUUCGUCGUCUCUCAGGGAGCUGAAGUUCAGACGACUUCGACGACAGACGAGAGACUACCCGGCGACGCUGCUGGCUCCGACGCAGGCGAUGGCGCGAGGGCGUACGUGAGCGGGCCCCGCGAGCGGCGGUUUCUCGGGCCGCAGGCGAGACGGAGCUGGUUCGUGGACAACGCCGGCCCGCGCACUUGGGGCUUCUCCGUGGGUACGCUCCCGCUCGAUUCCAACUACAUGAGCAAGCUCCUGCAGAGAGCCAACCUCCGGAGCAAAUACCGCAAGAACGCGGCCCUGCGGAGUGUUGAGAAGAAGAGCAUGUCGUCCUUGGCGGCGGCGAACAACAUGCCGCGAUCGCUGACGGCGUUCGCUCCCGACAACCGCCUCAAGAACCACGACAAGCGCAGCAUCGCCAGCAUCGCCCGCGACGGCAAGUUCCCCUCCAACAUGAAGCGCAGCGUGCAGGACGCAGCCUCUGCCGAAGACGAGAAGCGCUCGCUGUCCUCGCUGGCGCGCUCCGGCAACCUCCCCUUCCCGCUCGACGAAAAGAGGAACGUCGCCUACAUCGCCAAAACGAAGAGCAACGCCAUGAACGACGUCGCUGAGAAGAGGAACGUCGCUUACAUCGCCAGAACAAACAGCAUGAACCUAGGCGACGCUGACGAGAAAAGGAACGUCGCUUACAUCGCCAGAAGUAACAGCAUGAACCUAGGCGACGCCGACGAGAAAAGGAACGUCGCUUACAUCGCCAGAACUAACAGCAUGAACCUAGGCGACGCCGACGAGAAAAGGAACGUCGCUUACAUCGCCAGAACAAACAGCAUGAACCUAGGCGAUGCCGACGAGAAAAGGAACGUCGCUUACAUCGCCAGAACUAACAGCAUGAACCUAGGCGACGCCGACGAGAAAAGGAACGUCGCUUACAUCGCCAGAACUAACAGCAUGAACCUAGGCGACGCCGACGAGAAAAGGAACGUCGCUUACAUCGCCAGAACUAACAGCAUGAACCUAGGCGAUGCCGACGAGAAAAGGAACGUCGCUUACAUCGCCAGAACUAACAGCAUGAACCUAGGCGAUGCCGACGAGAAAAGGAACGUCGCUUACAUCGCAAGAACCAACAGCGAGAACAUGGAAGGUCCCAGCGAGAAGAGGAACGUGGCCUAUAUCGCCAGAACCAACAGCUUGAACGCAAAUGAACCUGACGAGAAGAGGAAUGUUGCUUAUAUUGCAAGAAUGAACAGCAAAGCCUUGGAAGCCCCAGACGAGAAGAAGAACGUUGCCUACCUCGCUCGCACCAACAGCCUGAACGGCGGCCCUCCGGACAACAAGAGAAACGUCGCCUACGUCGCCAUGAGGAACAGCAGUGACCUCGAGGCCCAGGACGAGAAGCGCAACGUCGCCUACCUGGCCAGGACCAACAGCAGGGCCAUGGAGGACUCGCCCACCGAAGACAAGCGGAACGUGGCUCACUUCGCCAAGAUCACCAGCGAGAACCUGACCUCGAACGACUCGCUGGGGGCCGAGAAGCGCCACCUCUCGAGCCUCGCGCGGGCCAACGACCUCCCCAUGAUCAAGAGCCAAGAGAAACGCUACCUCGGGGCCCUCAUGAAGAGCCACCCGCCCUCGUUCAUCGGCCAAGGGAAACGCUACUUCGCCGCUCCCUUCGCCGCCUACCGCAGUAGAGACGACUAUGACAAGCGAUUCUACGGUUCGCUCCUGAAGGCCGACACGCCCUUCCUGCCUUCAGACAUGAAAGCCGAACAGGACAAGCGACACUUAGCCUCGCUGAUCAAGAGUCAGUCGCUGCCCUUCUACCCAGACAAGCGCUACUACGCCUCGCUCCUGAAGAACAGGGACUAUUUCCUGCCCUCGCAAGGCCAAGACCACGACCAGGACAAGCGUUACUAUGGCUCCAUCCUCAAGAACCUCCCCGGGCCCUUGGGAGACGAGGACGACAUUGAAAAGCGCUACUACUCCUCUCUCCUGAAGAGCCUUCCCCCCGCCGACAUGUCCAAGGACGUGGGGGAAAAGUCAUCCAAUGGCUUGAUUGCGAAUAAGAGGUACUUGGCGUCGCUGCUGAAGAGCAGAGACAGCGGUCUGUUCACCCAGAACAAGCGCCAUAUCUCCUCUCUCUUGAAAGGCAAGAAGUCGGACGAUUCACUCGAUGAGAUCGAUGAAGAUAAGAGGUAUUAUGCAUCUUUGCUGAAAAAUAAGAAGUUCGAUGAUUCCGACGACCUUGAGACGGAGAAGCGCUACCUUGCCUCACUCUACACGAAAAAAUCUGACGACAGCGAAUACAACGAAGAUAAACGGCACUAUGCUUCUAUUCUCAGCAAGAAAUCAGACGACGUCGUGGAAGAGGAGACCAGUGAAGACAAAAGACACAUUGGUUCUCUUCUGAGUAAGAAAUCUGACUUUAUGGACGAGACGAAUGAGGACAAGCGGUAUUUUGCUUCACUCCUGGACAAAAGAGACGAGGACUCGUAUGAGGACAACAACGACGACAAACGCUACCUUGCCUCGAUCCUUCAUAAAAAAUCGGAAGACUCUUUUGACGAGACAAGCGAGGAAAAGCGACAUUACUCGUCCCUCCUGAAGGGCAUCGCUUACGAAAACGCUCUCGACGACGUCCUGCAGAAGCUCAAGGGCCCUGGGGAUGAGAUGAAUGCAGAAAAGAGGUACUAUGCGUCUCUGCUUAACAAGAGAUCCGACGCAGAGGAGGACCAGGAGGACCAGGAGGACUCACCUUACGAGAAGAGAUACUUGGCCUCGCUCCUCAAGCACAAGAACUCGGACGACUUCACUAACGGCGCCGAGAAGCGUUACUUCGCCUCCCUCCUGAAAAGCCGGGAGAACGACCUGCAGAAGCGUCACUUGGCUUCGGCCCUGAGAGCCUACGGCAACCCCACCGCCGGGAAACGGUACUUCGCUUCCCUUCUGAAGCACAAGAACGCCGACGAAGACGAUCUCGAGUUGAUUAAACGCUACUACGCGUCCAUCUUGAAAAGGUCUGAUUCCGCGGACGUGGAUGGAGCCUCGCAAGAGGAGAGCAGUGACAUGGGCUAUGAUGACCAGUUUAAUAAUGUGAAUGACCUGGUCGACGCUCAGGACCAGGAGAAGAGGCACAUUGCGUCACUCCUGCAAAGCAAGUCUCCCCUGAAAUCGUUCGAUGACAAGCGACACAUUGCGUCCCUAAUGCAGAGCCGCCAGUCUGCCUUCGGACCCAGCACGGGCAAGCGCCACAUUUCCUCCCUCUUGCGGAACAGGCAGUCGAGCUUCACCGGCGGCUCGGUGUCCGACGACGCCAAGAACCACCCGAGGCGCAAGCGGUACGUCGGCUCCCUCGCCAAGAACAACGACCUGGCCUUCCUGUACUCGAGAUCCCGCCAGAACCGCCGCGAGGCACCCAACACCCGCGAGGACAACGUGGCCUACCUGGAGCGCCUCAUCCGCCUCAAGAUCCAUAACGGACUCAUGCGCGAGAAGCAGCGCCAGAACCUCCUCGGAGCCAACGCCAAGAUGUACGUCAUCCUCGACGACAUCGGCAACGGCCUCAGCCUCGAGGACGACCGCGCGCAGGGAGACAAGAGGAACAUCCAGGCCCUCGCGAGAAACGGGGCCUCGUACGCCAACUGGCCCGGGAAGCGACUCAGCGAGGACGACGAGAUGGCCAGGAACGCCUACUACCCCGCCGACGUCUACUACCUGGCGACGGAGGAAGGCGCGCCGAGGACCGUCAACAAGCGCUUCCUAGGCUCCCUCGCCCGCAGCAGCUGGUUCCCCCGGCAGUACCGCAAGGGCUACGACUCCUCCGACAUCAGGAAAAGAGCCUCUCCUGCAGAAGGUCUCCCGGACGACGAGGAGGAAGACAACGCGGUCGACAUGGCCAUGGGAGACACGGGCGCCUUCUACACCUACGACUUCUGAUCGCCUUCGACAUCGACUCGCCCUCUUGCUGGGAUGUCGAGGGGGCGGGGGCGGUCGAGGCUGACGUCGAGCUCACUGAACCCCCCUAUUUACUUUCUGUCGCAUCGAUACUUUGUAACCCCAGGAACAUUGUAACCCGAAGUGUAUCUUCAUUAUUUAAUAACAGAUAAAUGGCUGUAUGAAUAUAUAUAUAUAUAUAUAUAUAUAUAUAUAUAUAUAUAUACAGACUCACAUAUAUAAAUAUAAAUACACGUAUAUAUGUUCCUUUUUUUCAAAGCAGUGUACAGGACCCUUCAACUGGCCAAAACAAUUUCGCUCACUGUGGCCUGCCUGGUGAAUUGUAUGUUUCGUGAUAAAACUAAUAGUAGACAUACAACACCACUGAUGUAUCGGUUGACCCUGCUUGUUGGAACAUCUGUUUUUCGUUUCUUCCGUGUCAUUUUCCUGCUUCUCUCAGCUUCUCCUUCCGUCUCCCUUUAAAUCAUUUUAUAUCCUCUUCCUCUCGUCGUGAGAAUCGCUUCCUCCGCCAGUAAUUAACGACUGCGGAAGGGCGCCUCCUUGCCCGCCUCCCCCAAUGACAAAAGCCUGGUGAAAACAUCCCCGGCGGCGACCCAUCAAGGCGCUUUUGCAGUUCAUUAAGCUUCCGGGAGGGACCUGGCCGCGUUCACUCGGUGUUUGUUGUUGUCUGGCGGGAAGGCUCUUCGUCGGAAUGAACGCGGCCGGGAGGCGGGACUCGUCCUGAACGCGGGAGGAAUGAGGGAUCUGGAGGGAUGUUUUGGCUUCGUCGAAACCUUUUUUUGGGGGGAUUCGAGAUGCUCUUUUGUUUCUGUUUUACGUGGUGGGAUGAUGGUCAGGAUCCACCAGCAUUUACGAUACGACAAUAAGAACUCAAAUUGAUAACCAUAGACGAUAAAAAAGACGUUACGUAUAUCCAAUGAGACCCUUAUACCAAUCCGGAAAAAGGAGGAAGAUAACCCCCUCCCCCCCACUUAAAAUAUCGCCCACUGUCUUCCCAAAAUGAACGCGACGCCCAUAAUGAAAUAAAAUCACUCAGGCAGCGGCCAUUAGAGAUGCUAAUUAAUGCUCGUACCCGAAGUGGAAAGAAAACGAUCGAUCGCCGCGGGAAAGAAUGCUAUAAGAGCGAAUAAUAGGAUAUAAUUUGAUAAUGACGAUGAUAAUAUUUAAUUUGAAUGAUAAAAGGGUAAUGUAAUCUAAAUAAGUUACGGCAGAAUAUCAAGCAAAUUAGCCCAGUAUAGAGUAGUAUAACUUCAUCAUAAUGCAGUAUAUAACAACUUGCAAGGUAAUAAUGAUGGUAUAAUAAGUAUGAGCAUUGUACUAUUACGGGCUGAAGGUCACGUGAUUGCUUGUUCCUUCCGCGUGCAGGAUUCCGAACUGGAUUCCUUAUCGCUUGCAAGUUGACUUACUUUCUUGCAAUCUGAUUCGGUAAUUUGGGUGCAGUUGCAACGGCAAAAUAUUGAUUCUUCUGCCUUGCCUUGUGGCUCGUUGUUCAUCUUCUCGUCCUAUAACAGUCGGUUGAUAUUAUUGAAGACUGAGAAAUGAUCGCUUUUUCUCAUUUAAUGCGAUUGCGUAAUCUUAAAAAUUUGACUUAGUGUUUCCUGCUAUGCCGUUCAAGAGAAAAAACUGUUAAGCGUGAUAUUGAUUUUAUUCAUUAUUAAUUCAUUUUUCUGAAAUGAAUGUUGCAUUUUUAAAAUUAUUUUUAUUUUAUAACGGAUUCCCGAUCUCCGUAUGGAGUGUUUCCUCUCUCUUUCCCCUUUUCAAAAUAUUAAUUCUUCUCUUUCGCUAUUAUUGCGUUUUAUAAUGAACUUGUGUAGUAUUUCUGAUACUGAUCUGCAUUAAUAUAUUUUUUUUUUUUUAAUUAUAGAGAUAAUUAUAGAGAUAUAUAGCAAUUUCCAACGUUUAUAAGCGCAGAUGAGACCAGCAGGAACAUCCGAUAUGCAAAUUGUGUUGUGGAUCUACUGUAAAACCCAAUUUUGUUUACACUGACCAAACGGAACAAAGUGUGUGAACAUUCAUAUAACUCUGUACUGUGUAAGAAUGUGUUAUCGUAAUCCAGAUGAGAAAGCUAGGUCUUCUUUCUAUAGACUGUUGGUAGAAUAAGUCUAUAAGUAUUGCCGAAACUAUGGAUGUCUUCCAAAGUCCGCGGGAAUCUAGAGCCAUCAGUGUUGUAUCUGAACCAGCUGACCUGUAGUCAUGGCGUGGCUUUAGUAUCAUUGCAUAUCAUUUAUUAACAUUCAAAUCACUGUCUUCCCAUCAGAUUAUUAGUCCAUAGUACUUUCCUGUGAAGAAGAAAUGUAUUUUCCCUAUUACAUAUGUAAAUUUUUCCAAUAUAAAAAUGUCUAUUUCAAUAUUCAGUCGAGAUGAAAUUAGUGAAAGGUUGUGGCAGGCUGAACACUACGCAAUCGCCGAACGAAGACUGCCGGAAACUCUUGGCUGUCGGAUCACAAUCACGAAGUAAACCGAAAAAAAAAACAAAAAAAUCAUUCGUGUGCUUUAA